GCGGCGGCGGCAGUUGGUCAGGGGCGUGUCGGCACGGCAGAGAUUGAGCCGAGAUGUCGCCCCGUAGGAAGAAGUGACCCUCACGCGCCAGGGCGGAAAAGCGAUUUCAUUUCAAUAUAGAUGACCAUGCAGCCUGCAAUUCAAGUGUGGUUUGGAGAAGACUUACCUCUAAGUCCACGGAAUCCUCUGACCCCCAGGCAUGGGCCAGGUUUGGCUGAUGUUUGUCAGUAUGAUGAGUGGAUAGCUGUGAGGCAUGAAGCUACCCUGUUGCCCAUGCAAGAAGAUCUGUCAAUCUGGUUAUCAGGUUUAUUAGGUAUUGAAGUUAAGGCAGAAAGAUUAUUGGAAGAACUUGAUAAUGGAGUACUAUUAUGCCAGCUGAUUAAUGUUCUUCAAAACAUGGUGAAAACAUGCAACUCUGAAGAACCAGUGAAUUUUCCAAUGAGAAAAGUGCCCUGUAAGAAAGAUGCUGCCUCAGGUUCAUUCUUUGCUAGAGAUAAUACUGCAAACUUCCUUCACUGGUGUAGACACAUUGGGGUCGAUGAAACUUACCUCUUUGAAUCUGAAGGUUUAGUUUUACAUAAAGAUCCAAGACAGGUGUAUCUUUGUCUUCUUGAAAUUGGUCGAAUUGUGUCAAGGUAUGGGGUUGAACCACCAGUAUUAGUGAAACUUGAGAAAGAAAUUGAGCUAGAAGAGACCUUACUCAAUACUUCUGGGCCUGAAGAGUCCAUCAGCAUUCCAAAAUCAUGCUGUCAGCAUGAAGAGCUGCAUGAAGCUGUUAAACAUAUUGCUGAAGACCCUCCUUGUAGUUGUUCUCAUCGAUUUUCUAUUGAGUACUUAUCUGAAGGACGGUACCGACUAGGAGAUAAAAUACUCUUUAUAAGAAUGCUUCAUGGAAAACAUGUCAUGGUCCGUGUUGGUGGAGGCUGGGAUACCCUUCAAGGAUUUUUGCUUAAAUAUGAUCCCUGUCGAAUAUUACAGUUUGCUACACUAGAACAAAAAAUUCUAGCAUUUCAAAAAGGAAUUUCUAAUGAAAGUGUACCUGAUUCGUCUGCCAGAACACCUCAGCAUCCUGAAAUGAAUCCUUUGUCAGCAGUUAGCAUGAUUCAGAAACAAAAAUCAAAACCUGGCACACCAAUUGGUGUUCCAAGGAGCAAAGAAAAGCAGGUACGUCCACCAGGUGGGUUACUGCCAGCAUCUUCCCUGAAAGGAAGUAAUCUGGGCUCUGUGUCAGUCCGUUCUAAAUUGCCAAAUUCCCCAGCAGCGUCUUCUCAUCUCAAACUCAAGUCUUCAAAAGGCAUAACAAAGAAACCAGAGGCUCCUUCAAACAGUGUAUCAUCUUCACUUGCUUCUUUAAAUCCAGUAGAUAAAAGCGCUGCUCCACCAGCUUUAUCAAGAACUGCACCUUGUGUUUCUGAGUCAUCGAGAAAAUGUAUCUCAUCAUUGAAUACUCCUAAGGUCAAGUUUAUUCCAGCCCAGGAGUCAAGAGAUGUGCCUAAGUCUACACUUUUGCCAAAUAAGUCUUCUGGAAAAACAGAACCAAAGCAUUUGAAGCACAAUCAUGCAUCUUCCAGGGAUAAUGCAGUAUCUCACUCAGCUGCACAUUUAAAUUUAUCAUCAAAGUGUCCGAAGCUGCCUAAAGCAAAUAUACACAUAAGGCCUAAACCUUCUCCUUCUUCCCAGUCCCCUGCAAAAAUGACAAAAUCCAGUUCUAAAACCAUAACCACAGGUCUAGGAACGCGGUCUCAGCCAUCUGAUGGAACCUCACAAGCAGGGGCAACACCAGCACAGAAACUUAAGUCAGCCUUGAAUUUAAACCAGCCACUUUCUGUAUCCUCAGUUGCUCUUGCAAAAGCUGCACAUGAAUCAAAAGAUAAAAAUAUGGUUUCAGUUGCUAAAAAGCAGCCUCAGAAUAAAAGUACAUCCCAGAAGACAGGACCCAGCUCCUCAAAGUCCCCUGGCCGUACCCCACUGUCCAUCGUGAGUCUUCCCCAGUCUUCUGCCAAAACACAAACUGUACCAAAGUCAGCACAGACUGCCACUAAGAGCCAGUGUUCAGCUACAGGGCCUCCAAAAAGUGGCAAAGCCCCAGCUUCAACCAGGAAACCACCCUCAUCUAGUAAGGAAGCAGUUAGUGAAGAUAAAAAACCUACUGCAAAGAAAAAGGAAGACGAUGACCAUUAUUUUGUUAUGACUGGAAGUAAGAAACCUAGAAAAUAAACACAAAUGGGUCAUUUUAAGAAAACAGAGGAGAAAAGAAGAGAGUAAAGCUGUUAGCUUCACAUCUUAAAAGUUUCUCCUAUUUGCGUUUGUCCAAAUAGGUUCAGACAUUAAGUAUAAUAGGAUGUGGGUAGAGGUUGGGGUGAGGAAAGGCUUCAUCAGAAUUCAUAUGUCUGAAUUCACCAGAAGGUACCCUUUUGAGGCAGACAGUUGUAAAAUCACCACAAGUUCUUAUUAAUAAUAGACAUUUAUAUGAUUUUCAAUCCAUAGUAUCUUUGUUAUUGUCUGCCCUUUAAGGGAAAUGUAGGGUCAAAUAACACUGCUAGAGUUAUAACUGGUUGCUGUAUUUUUGAAUAUGUAUUAAAUGUGCAGGUUAUAUACCUGCUAAUAGCAACAGUGGUGCUCUUAAUAUUAGUUAUUGCAUUGUAGUAAAAAAGCAACGGUUUGGCACUUCUCUUACAAAAGGCACUUAAUUUAAUUUCCUGAUCGGGAUUGCCUGAUUAAACAAUACUGUAAACACUAAUGACUGGCGCGGAUUAGCUUGGCAUUACUGCAGGUUUCGUAGGAUGCGUGCUAAAUUUUUUUAAGCUUUCUAAAUAGGAAGAAACUGAUUUUUUAACUGGCUUAUAUUAACAUUGGUAAUAUUUUGUUACCGAUAUUUUUGGUAAAACAAAUUAAGGUAUUGAAAUAUAAACUGAAAUUUCGGAAAAAUACAAGGCUUUUUAUGUUAUUUAUAAGAACUUAUACCUUAUAUUUUAAAUGGAUGUUGUGCAAUGUGAAAGGGGAAACUGAUUUAGUAGUGUUUAGCAUAUUCAAAAUAUAUUUCAAUAUUGUAAUUUCCAAGUGCAGAUAUGAAUUUUUACAUUAAAAUAUGUUUUAACAUCAGAACUGUGUUUUAACAAUCUUAAGAUUAUAUUAAAGAAUCUUAGAGUGGUGCUAUAUAAAAGUUCUAUCAUGUGAUUGUUAUUUUUCUUUAGAUAGCACAACAAUACCGGUUUUAAUUAGACUCUUCCAAUUAUGUUAAUUUUCUUUCACAAAUUCAUGCUGCGUUCAGUUUUCCAAUGGCAAGUGGACAGUUUAUAUGCAGAGUUUUCUGCUCUGUAGACGAUUCGCCAAGGACCGUAUCCAGAUCAUGUAAUGACUGCAUAGAUGCCAUUGACCUAAGAUGAUAUUUGUAAAUAAUGUGUUUUUUAAGAGAUUGUGACUAUUUAAAAAAACAUUAAUGUACUUUUAGAAGUUUUAGGGUGUGUUUAAUAACUUUACAGCAUUAUCAAUUAUCACAGGUUAUUAUAUUCAAUAUUGAGGUUUGUGUUUUUCUAUUUUAAACUAAAAUGUGUUUUCUAAAGAAAAAUACAUAAUGGUUUACACAAACAUGCACUCAUAGAAUAAGCAUCUUAAGCUGACUACUAAUGUUCUAUAGGUUCUAAAACAAGAAAACUGUAUAAAACAGUGACAUUUUGUCUGAGGAAUACAAUUAAAAUCAAAGAUAUAUACAGGCUAGUUUUGGGAAUAAUUGAUGCUUCUUAAAAGAGACAGUCACCAUAUAUUUGGUUUAGUUCUACUAUUGAUCUGGGCAUUGAGAGAGAAUAUUUUCAUCUCUGGAAGGUGAAGUCAAUGUUCAAGAAGUUCUAGAAGCUUUAUGUUUUUAGUGAUCAGAAAUAUUUAAUUUUUAAUGGAUCUUUCAAAGAGGCAGAAUUUUACCUUCAAGAAAGAAUUUAUUCCCUUGUAAGACCAAACAAUACUUCUGUAUCAGUAACUUCUAGAGCAUAAAAAAAAAUUAAAUGAUAUUAUAGUCAACCUAUGAAUCCAAGUAGAUUUUAUAAUAUGUAAAUAGUAACUUUUGUGUUGAGAAUAAUCAGGAAUAAAAGUAUCCCACAGGCAUGUGGCAUCAGUUCCAAGAAUUAUUUUUUUGAAAAAUUGGAAGUUAAUUUAUAAAUAGCCAUAUUCUUC